ACUACUAGCUAGUAGUACCGGUAGGUGCACGGGUCCACCCCAGGACAAGAAUGACAAGAGACCUUGUGAGGAACAGAUUGCCGAGGAAUGGCGUAAAGGUGUAUGUCAGCUCUUAGUUAUCGAUUGUAUCUCCAACAAACAACAGAGACGUGACGCCAUACAAUACAACGCCAUACCCUACAGAAUACAAUCAUCUUUCAGCGCCAUUAUGUCAUUGACAUCCAGAGAAGUGGCCAUUGCCAUUGUACCCAAAAUCACGGGCGGCCUCUCCAUAGCUGGUUCCGGAUGGAUAUCAUGCCAAAUCCUUGCAGACCCCAAGAAACGACACAAGACGUACCAUCGACUGGUACUGCUAAUGAGUCUCUGCGAUCUCGUGUCCUCCUUUUCGUACUUUCUCAGCACUUGGCCCAUACCACAGGGCGUCAAUCAAGGUUGGAAGAGUCCCUAUCACUUCCAUGCCGUCGGGAAUGCCGCAACAUGCACGGCACAAGGGUUUGGGAUUCAGUUAGGAGUUACCACAGCAUUCUUCAACAUUAUGCUGGCGCUGCACUAUCUGUUGGUCAUUAAAUACAACUAUACCGAGUCGUUUCUACAAAAGAAGGAACGAUACAUGUGGGCAAUCGCCCUGACUUUGGGUCUGGCACUUUCCGUCCCAGGACUGUUCUUGCAAAUGUACGGCAACACCAAUCUAUGGUGCUGGAUUUCUCCCAGCUGGGACUUGUGCGACCAGCUUGGCAUGACCAAGGAUCAAUGCGUUUCUCGUGCCUACAACUACCGCUGGGCAUUCUACUACGCUCCUCUUUGGACCUGCAUCUUUCUCAUCACACUGUCACAGCUCUGUCUGUGGUGGACGGUACGUCAAAUGGAAGUCAAGGCUUCCAGAUGGCGAUUCACUUCCAAGCAAAGCAAGGCACGGCGAUUGCAACAGUCGCGCCGAGUGGCCAUUCAAGCAGCUUGGUACAUGGCCGGCUUUAUCGUCACCUGGCUACCGUACACGGCCAUUGCCAUGACGGGCAAAUUCUUCAAUCCACACGACACUACCGGCUUUAUCGUUCUCCUGACCGUUGUGAUUUGUCAACCAAGUCAAGGACUGAUCAAUGUCUUUGUGUAUCAUCGUCAGUCGUUGGCAAGGGCGUCCUCCCGGGCGGUUGGUUCUGUAGGGGAGAGUGUCAAGAAUAUAGUCCAGCUAGCCAGUCAUCAAAGCCGCAAGAGCUGGACAUCUGCGGCGCUGCAACAAAAUCAGCAACAACAAACUUUGGACCAAAUACGGAACGAAUUGCAAGACGUGAAAUUGACCAUCACAGAACCACGAUUAUUUGCGGAUGAAGAAGAGCCCACAAACAGCGUCACAGAGGAAGGAGAAAAAGGAGACGAAGUUGGAGACUCCAGUACUGAUCUCAUUGAAAUCUACGACUAAGCUACCAUAGCUGCGUGACACAAACUGAUCAUUCUUUUGGAGGGGAGGAACGAAGGGGGAACAAACAAGAGAUUCGCUGGAUACUAUUUCCAAGAGACAACCGUUGGCGCUCAUUAUGAAGAAAAGAGGCGCCAUUUGGUCGAUACAAGGGAUUGCUUAUUGUCGCGUCAAGCUUAUGAACCUACCGUACCGGUCAGGUACACCAUGGCAAACCCAAUAUCCUUGGCUCAAGCCAGCAUCCCAGCGAUCUAUCAUGUCCACUUCUGCGGGUACAGCGACAGUGUUUAUGCAAAAGUGAAUAAUAAAGUUAUGUGACAUCAAUCCCAAACCACGCAAACAGAGAAACAGCAUGGUGAGGCUAGCUACCGGUACCAGUAGUUAAUCAGUCUUUGGAAGCCUUCAAAGUAAAUUUUUCCUUUCCCUCACAGCAAC